CAGCUGUCUUUCUGAAAUUAACUCGUGACACAUGACAGCAUCGGCUCUGACAGCUCCUGGCUGACGGUGUCUUCGCAGGCGCACCUGAAGAACGCCAGACCUCCAGACGUUUAUGUAACGCUCAAUUAAAAGCCACUAACUUUUGAGACUCGGCUGAAACGGCUUUGCUCGGUCUCUAAGCUCACCGCGUGUCCUGUUUUACGCCCCAGAGCAUCAUGGUCCGAUGGCAGCCGCCUCCCCCUGGCACCCUGAACGGAGAGCUGACGGGGUAUAAGCUACGCUACCGGAAAGGACUGAGGAGAGCAGACGCAAUAGAGAUCUCAACCACACAGCUCUUUCAGCUCAUUGACGGUCUGGAGAAGGGAAAGGUUUACACCGUGAGAGUGUCAGGCACCACCGUGAACGGCACGGGCCCGACGACCGAGUGGAUCGCCGCAGAGACCUUCGAGAACGACCUGGACGAGUCUCAGGUCCCAGGAGUGCCGAGUUCUCUUCACGUUCGUCCGCUGGUGAACCGGAUCGUGGUGAGCUGGACUCCUCCAGAAAACCAGGACAUUUUAGUGCGAGGUUAUAAAAUCGGGUACGGCAUCGGCAGUCCUCAUGCCCACACGGUCACUCUAGACUACAAGCAGCGUUUCUACAGCAUCGAUAACCUCGACCCCAGCUCCCAUUACGUCAUCACCCUCAAGGCCUUCAACAACAUGGGCGAAGGCGUUCCCAUCUACAACAGCGCCACCACGAGACCUCAGUCCGACCCCAUAGACCCUGAUGUUGAUUUGUACGAACUUUUCCAUGCUCCAUACACUCCAGUACCAGACCCUUUACCCAUGCUGCCUCCUGUGGGCGUUCAGGCGUCCGUUGUGGGCCACAACAGCAUUAAAGUCACCUGGGCGGACAACUCACUGCCCAAGAACCAGAAGAUCACAGAUGCACGUUACUACACAGUGCGCUGGAAGACCAACAUACCCGCAAACACGAAGUUCAAGGUUGCUAAUACCACUACACUCAGUCACACUGUGACGGGUCUUAAACCCAACACCUUGUACGAGUUCUCUGUCAUGGUGACCAGGGGCCGAAGGACCAGCACUUGGAGCAUGACUGCACAUGGAACAACUUUUGAAGCAGUCCCAAGUUCUGCACCUAAAGAUGUGACUGUAGUGAGCAAAGAGGGACGACCGCGAACGAUCAUCGUCAAUUGGCAGCCCCCCUCAGAAGCCAAUGGCAAGAUCACAGGUUACAUCAUUUACUACAGCACUGAUGUGAAUGCAGAGGUUCACGACUGGGUGAUUGAGCCAGUAGUGGGAAACAGGCUAACCCAUCAGAUUCAAGAGCUGACCCUUGAUACCACCUACUACUUCAAGAUCCAGGCGCGCAACUCUAAAGGGAUGGGUCCCAUGUCUGAUGCUGUCCAAUUCCGCACUCCUAAAGCCGAAUCCUCUGACAAAAUGGCUAAUGACCAAGCUCCAGGUAUAUUGGUGAAACCAGGAAGACCCUCUGCACCAGAACAAGGUUUUGGAUCAGUUGGGAAAACAGAUAUGUCUGGCACUGGCGAUAACCACAUCCUGGUUAUUGUCAUAAUUGUGUCUGUGGGUGCGUUUACCAUCAUCCUGGUUGUGGUUGGUGCCUUCCUGUGUACACGCCGUACUACAACACAGCAGAAAAAGAAACGUGCAGCCUGCAAGUCCGCCAACGGAUCCCACAAGUAUAAGGGAAAUUCUAAAGAUCUGAAGCCACCAGACCUCUGGAUCCACCACGAGCGUUUGGAGCUGAAACCUAUCGACAAAUCGCCUGAAUCUAAUCCAGUGAUGACUGACACACCAAUCCCCCGAACCUCCCAGGACAUCACCCCGGUGGACGGCUCCAUGGAUCCUAUGCUCCAGAGACGUAACUCUUACCGUGGCCAUGAAUCAGAGGACAGCAUGUCUACACUGGCAGGCCGUCGGGGAAUGAGACCUAAAAUGAUGAUGCCCUUUGAUGCACAACCCCCUCAGCCUGUGAUUAGUGCUCACCCCAUCCAUUCCCUCGAUAACCAUCACCAUCAUUAUCACUUGGGCAGCCUGGCCUCGCCAACACGCAGCUAUCUCCACCACCAGAGCAGCACGCGGUCCAUCGCCACCCCCAUCUCUCAUCUAGACAGGGCAGAGUCCACAGGUGAGAGUGCAUUAGUGGGACUUUGUGAAGACCUUCACCAGAACAUACCUCUUUAG